AUGUGCUGGGCCCUACGGGUCUUGAAAACUACAUGGCUUAAAAAGGUUACCAAGACUGGGGUUCGAACCCAGGCAUCUUACGAUAAUGGAAUGCUAACUUCGACGUUACAAUAUCGCCACGACUCCAUCGGCGGUAAAAGUAGGGGGCUAGCAUGGGGACUCUGUUUCCAUUUCCUGGGAUCUUUACAUCAUAUCUCAUCUUCGAUGACAUCACGACUUAACGAAAAGAAGUCGAAUAUUUUCUAG